AUGUUUUCCUUCUCUGAUCACGAGUUGGUUUUCAUCUUUGGCCUUCUAGGUAACAUUGUUUCAUUCCUGGUGUUCUUAGCACCCUUGCCAACGUUCUACACAAUAUACAAGAACAAAUCAUCAGAAGGGUUUCAAUCAAUCCCAUAUAUAGUUGCACUACUCAGCGCAAUGUUAUUGCUUUAUUAUGGCUUCUUAAAGAGCCACGCGAUUUUGAUUAUCACCAUCAACUGUAUUGGCUGUGCUAUCGAAGUCACUUACCUGAUACUAUACUUCAUAUAUGCUCCAAGGAAACAGAAGAUUUCGACGCUGUUGAUGUUAGCGUUCUUCGACGUUGGAGGGUUUUCUUUGACCAUGAUAAUUACCAUAUUCGUUUUUAAGGGAAUUAACCGUGUUCAUGCCGUCGGCUGGGUCUGUGCCAUUUUUAAUAUCGCCGUCUUUGCUGCUCCUCUAAGCAUCAUGAGGAGAGUCAUUAAAACGAAAAGCGUAGAGUUCAUGCCAUUUUCUCUUUCCUUUUUUCUCACCCUCUGUGCCACCAUGUGGUUUUUCUAUGGCUUCUUCAGCAAAGAUUACUUCAUCAUGCUACCGAAUGUGCUGGGAUUUUUGUUUGGAGUAGCUCAAAUGGUAUUAUACAUGAUGUACAAGGAUGCCAACAAGAAGAACAGUAGCGAGUCAAAUUGUGAAUGGAAGGCUACCGUAGACGAUCAUUGCUCCGCUUUUAAAGCCAAGGACAUCAACUCACAGCCCCAAACUUCACACCUGCAAUUCAAUGUCUGAUGAUCAUCAUACAUAGCUUCUUCUUUAUUUUUUUCUUU